AUGCUACCCUCUUCGCGCUACUCCCGCCGCCCACGACGAGAUAGACUCAGUAUUGACAUUCUCCCUGAACAAUCGCUGGAUUUCGAGCCUCGAUCCCCACACCUACAUUGGCUCUUCGGCGAGAGCAGCGCGAUUGACAUCAACUCACGCUUAGUAGAAGACACAUCCCCAGAAGCGAUGGAGGACGAGCCUGGCCACAGCAGAUCAUAUGCCGCGAUUAUGAGAGAAGUGGCAGCGUGGCUUGAGCUGGACGAGCACGAUGAAUUUUCGGCGUCGAGACGGGAGCAUGCUGAGAGUAUUCUCCCUGCAGCCAGUCAACUCUUCGCGCGGCUCAAAGACUCGGACAACCCACCACCCCACUCCCCCAACAGCGACGACGGAUUCGACACUCUCAUCCAGGCCAUCGCACUGCAGUUACUAGCGUCCUGCUACACUUUCCUCCCGGCAUCAAGCGCCAGCCAGCUCCCACUACUCCAGCAGAAAACUGACAAAACGCUCGUAACCGCUCUACAAGCACACUCAGCACACCGACUCUCCCCAGCCGCGGGACACCACGCCCGCGCCCCGUCCGAGACGUCCGCGUGGCCGGGCUUGUACACAGGUCCGGGUCCAGAAGAGACGCUAGCAGAGACGACCAGCCGACGACGGUGCUCUGCGAAAAGCUCGACAAAAGCGCAGUAG